AUGCUGGCCUGCAUCAUUUUAAGCGGCUGGCUGCUGCUGGCUUGGAUAUUUUUCCUGUGGAGCCGGCGAAGGUAUUAUAAAGCCGCCUGGCAGUUACGCGGACCCAUUGGCUGGCCCCUAAUUGGCAUGGGCUUACAGAUGAUGAGCCCGGAGACCUUUUUGCAGUACAUGGACGGUCUGUCGCGGCAGUUCAAGGCGCCCUUUAUUUCGUGGAUGGGCACCAGUUGUUUCCUCUACGUCAACGAUCCAAAAAGUGUGGAGCAGAUUUUCAACUCGACGCACUGCACCAAUAAGGGCGAUUUCUACCGAUUCGUUAGUUCGGCCAUAGGUGACGGACUUUUUACAUCUAGCUCACCUCGCUGGCACAAACAUCGUCGCCUUAUUAAUCCCGCCUUUGGUCGCCAGAUUCUCAGCAGCUUCCUGCCCAUUUUCAAUGCCGAGGCCAAGAUCCUCCUACAAAAGCUCGAGCUCGAGGGUGUGCAGCAUGGCAAGCAGCUUGAGAUCUAUCAAAUCCUCAAGAAAAUCGUCCUCGAAGCAGCUUGUCAGACAACGAUGGGCAAGAAAAUGAACUUUCAGCAUGACGGAUCUAUUGCCAUUUUUGAAGCUUAUAACGGCUUGACAGAAGUGUGUGUGAAACGCAUGCUAUCGCCGUGGCUUUAUCCGGAGCUCAUAUACCGACGUUCAGGACUUUUUCGCCUGCAGCAAAAAGUCGUCGGCAUCCUCUUUGGGUUUAUAGAGCAGCUUCUCGAACCCAUUGUUUCGGUGGUUUCGGCCAAUGCCCAUCAGCAGGAGCAGCAGCGACCGGAACUGGAGAUGCGGGGCAAGUCCAAGGCCAUUUUUAUCGAGCAGGUGCGGGAGCAUGUGGAGCGCGGCCAACUGAGUUGGCAGGAUGUGAGGGAUGAGGCCAAUGUGACCAUUGCAGCGACUUUCGAAACUACAUCGACUGCCCUUUAUUUCACCAUUCUCUGCCUUGCCAUGCAUCCUUGUUACCAGGAGAAACUCCACGAGGAACUGGUCAGGGAGCUGGCACCCACUGGGGACAUUACCUUGGAGCAGCUGCAACGACUGGAGUACACUGAAAUGGUUAUCAAUGAGGCCAUGCGGCUUUUUGCUCCUGUUCCCAUGGUCCUGCGAUCCGCAGAAGAGGAUAUUCAACUGCAGCGGGAUGACGGGGAGUUCCUGAUCCCCCGUGGCACCCAGAUCGGCAUUGAUAUUUACAACAUGCAGCGGGAUGAACGGGUGUGGGGGCCACUUUCGCGUACCUACAACCCGGAGGCGCAUUUCGGAUUGGAGUCGCCACACAGGCACGCCUUCGCCUUCGUUCCAUUCACCAAGGGAUUGCGCAUGUGCAUCGGCUACCGAUAUGCUCAGAUGCUGAUGAAACUGCUGCUGGCGAGGAUCUUUCGCAGCUAUCGAAUUAGCACCGAGGCUCGCUUGGAGGAGCUCCAGGUCAAGGGUAAUAUCUCUCUGAAGUUAAAGGAUUAUCCGCUGUGCCGAGUGGAGCGAAGAUAACGAAGGAAGGGGUUACACUGUAAUUUUUC